UACUCCAUCUACUCUCAUAAUAUUACUACUACUACUACUGUCAGCCUUCUCCAUCUCGUUCUUCCUGUGCUCGAUGGCCGAAGAAACCGAGACCAAGGCCCCCGAAGGCCCCCCGGCGGCCGAGGUCGUCGUCGCCGAGGCUGAGGAGAAGAAACCUGAGGCCGAGGAGGCGGUCCCGCCUGCUGACGAGGCCGCCGCCACUGUCCCCGAGUCGACCUUUCUCGAGGAGGAGAGCAACGUCGUGGCUGAACCCGUCGACCCCCAGAAGAAGGCCCUCGACGAGCUGAAGCAGCUCGUGCAGGCUGCCCUCUCCAACAACGAGUUCAACCCUCCUCCGCCUCCUCCCGCCCCGGCGAAGGAGGAGCCGCCGGUCAAGGAGGAGGAGGAGGAAGCCAAGCCCGCAGAAGCUCCGGCCCCUGCUUCCGUGGAGGAGUCGAAGCCGCCGUCCGAGCCCGUUUCGGCUCAGGAAGCCAAGCCCGCUGAAGCUCCUGCCCCGGCUUCCGUGGAGGUGUCGAAGCCGCCGUCCGAGCCCGUUCCGGCUCCUGCUGAGAGGUCUCUGGAGCCGGAGGUGGUGGAGGAGCACGCUUCACCGGUAAAGAAAGAACCUUUGCCUCCCCCUUCGCAGCCAGCGGAGGAGAAGGCAGCCACGGCUGAUGACGCAACCGCCAAGACGGUGAAAGCCAUCAAGGAAGCCGUUGGGUCCGCUGCCGCGGAGGACGUCUCUCCUGCGGCGAAGGAGGCGCCUGCCGAGGUCCCUGCUCCUGCUUCGACGGCGCCGCCAGAGGAGGUGUUCAUCUGGAGGGUCCCGCUCGUGGGCGACGAGAAGAGCGACGCCGUCCUCCUCAAGUUCCUCCGCGCCCGCGACUUCAAGGUGAAGGACGCCCUGGCCAUGCUCAAGGACGCCGUCAUCUGGAGGAAGCAAAUCGGCAUCGAGGCGCUCCUCGAGGAGGACCUCGGACUGCCGGAGCUGGACAAGGUCGUGUACAUGCACGGCAACGACAAGGAAGGCCACCCCGUGUGCUACAAUGUCUACGGCGAGUUCCAGAACAAGGAGCUCUACGAGAAGGCCUUCGGCGACGCGGACAAGCGGCGCAAGUUUCUCAAGUGGAGGAUCCAGUACCUGGAGAAGGGGAUCAGGGAGCACCUGGACUUCACUCCUGGUGGCAUCUCCUCCAUGGUUCAGGUGACUGAUCUCAGGAACUCACCACGGCUCGGGAAGCAUCGGCAGGUCACGAAGCAAGCUGUCACUCUGCUCCAGGACAACUAUCCCGAGUUCAUCUCCAAGAAGGUGUUCAUCAAUGUUCCAUGGUGGUACUUGGCUGUCAACAGGAUGAUGAGCCCAUUCUUUACACAAAGAACCAAGAGCAAGUUUGUCUUCGCCGGACCUUCCAAAUCGGCAGAGACCCUGUUCAAAUACAUAGCACCUGAGCAGGUCCCAGUUGCAUUUGGAGGUCUUAGCAAGGAGAAAGACCCAGAUUUCAGCACUGCCGAUGUUGUUACAGAUGUCAGCAUUAAACCCUCAUCCAAGCAAACCAUAGAAAUACCUGCUACUGAGACAUGCCUUAUUGUGUGGGAACUCCGAGUUCUGGGAUGUGAGGUGAGCUAUGGUGCUGAGUUCACUCCAAGUGCAGAGGACGGAUACACGGUGAUCGUGCAGAAGAACAGGAAGUUGGCCGCCGAUGAUGAGCCUGUGAUCAAAGGAUCUUUCAAGAAUGGAGAGCCCGGUAAGGUGGUCCUAAACGUCGAAAACCUGACAUCCAAGAAGAAGCUUCUCCUUUACAGAUACAAGGUGAAGAGCUCCACUGGAUCCACAUAAAGAUCUGCCUUCUGCCUGCUUCUCUACUGAUGUAGGUAGAAGAAAUAAAAUGAACAUGUCAUGGAGGGCUGGCUUUCUGUAAAAUGCUGCUGUUUUGGUUGAUUGAUUUGUAUGUUCUGGUCUUGUUUAUCCAUGUAAGUUGGCAUUAUUGGUUUUGGAGAAAGUUUAUGAGUAUGAGACACACUGGUUCUUGAGUUCAACAUGUAAAAUGCUUUGCACACUGUC